AUGCCUUUCUCCAUCUAUUCCGCCGGCUUUAUCGCGGCCCUUACAGGCCUCGCCCAAGCUCUGCCCACGGCCACCACGCCCUCAAUCGGCGACCUUACGUCCGCCAGCACCUCUACGGUCCCUGAACUCCCCCAAAUUUCAUCUUCUACCGGCUCCCCCUCCGGCUCAAGUUUCAUAGGAUUGGCCGGCAGCAACGAGCUCGAUCUUGGCGAUGAUGAAGAGCUCCCCGAGCUGGAAUCUAGUUUCAUCGCCGGCAGCCUCCAGCACCUCAACAACGCAAACGACGAAUGGGAUAACUCCGACUCGGACUCCGACUCGGGUUUGCCUUCGGGGUCGAGUUUCAUGGGCUUCGCUGGCAGCAGCGAACUUGAUCUCGGUGACUCGGAGGAGCGUCCUGAGUUUGACUCGAGUUUUCUCCUUGGCAGUCUCCAGAACUUCGAGAGCAAUGAUAGGCAAGCUAGGUCCGACUCCGGCCCUAUUCCGACCUCCGGGACAAGCUUUAUUGGCUUUGCUGAUAGUAAUGACCUCGAUCUCGGAGACAAGGAUGAGCUCCCUGAGAAUGAGUCGAGCUUCCUUCUGGGUAGUCUCCAGACCUCCAAUCAGGAUGAGGAGGAGAAUAACUAG